AUGAGCAAGCCAUCUGGCCAGGAACAGGCGCCAGGUGUCAGUUCAGAGAAUCCUGAAGUUGGGGGAACAAAGGCACGCCCAAAAAUUACCUUCAUAAAUCCGUCCGAAUUUUUCGAUAUUGAUCGGAAACCAUCCGAAAUUUCACCUACUACACCAAAUGUGGAUUUAUAUAAUCGGUUAUUGGGUAGACAGGUGAAAUUAGCCCAAGAGCAAGAGUCUGUGUCAUCCCCGGAACCCACCGAGGCAAAGCCGAGGAAACGUCGCCAACGCGAGAAAAACAGUCGAACUAAGCACAAAAAGCGUCCAGUUGACCCGAAAUGUCCAUGGCUGGAAAGCGAUGAUGAGGUCGAUUGUGCUAUCCCUUUGGAUGACGAUUCGGAUGACGACGCAUUUCUUCAACGACUAGUUGAAGAGAAAGAAAGGGAGGAAGCCGAAGAAGAACGCCGGAAGCAAGAGGCUGCUCGCCUACGCCAACUAAAAGCUGCACAGAAGAGAGCUCGUUUCACUGGCAGAGUUGGUCGUCCUCGUGGUGGUUCCUCUAUGAUUUCACGUGUCCUCAUUCCUCCAGUAGAUGAUCGUCAGUCCACUCGACCUAGCGAGACCAGCGAUGAUGAACGCGUGUCUAGUGUAAACACUGGGGAAGACGAUCCUUUGGAUAUGGAUGAUGCAGAGCGCCUCUCAUCUGCCCAGCGUUCCGAAUUCGAUGAACUUCCUCCUCCUUCUGUUGAGAAUGAAGAUUCCGAGAUGGGUAGCUCAGUCGCCCUUCAGAGCUCAGACGAACACUCGGACUUACUUGCUACAAAAAUGGAUCCUAUGACUCUUCGUCGCUGUGCUCCAUGUCUCACCCUGCCACCCUCCUCCUCUGACCUCCUUUGUCCAACCGAGUACCUGCUUGACGUGUUGUCUACAUACGAGUGCCUUCGACGUUAUAGCCGCCUCCUCAGACUGUCUCCUUUCCGCUUGGAAGACUUUUUGAGUGCUCUGGCUGCCAAUGAAAAUUCUGCCCUCCUUGCUGAAGUUCACAUUGCCCUCUUGAAGGCCCUUGUCCAAGAAGACGAAGCUAAUGGUACCCAGUUGUGCGCACCUGACUGCAAAGAUGUCUUAUCUCUGACUUUCGCCUUUCUCCUCGACCGUUACACCUGGCCUCAUAUUCUUGCCGCCUACUUGUUGUCCAUAAAGAAGGGUGAACCUGCUGCUUUGGCCUCUGUGGAACGUCUGGCCAGCCUCAGUGCUUCUGCAGCCACCGCGGCCGGAGGGAACCCCUAUGGGGGACCCUCUUGUGGGGGUGGUGCCGAUGUCGUCCUCACUGCUGCUCUUUUUGAAGAGGAUCUCAUCCCUCUGGACCCAGCAUACCCAUUUGUGGACAUAAGACAGCGCGUGGGCAUCUUACGUGGUUUGGUCGGCCUUUUUCUGGCCACGGGGCCUGUUCGAGGAGACAUGCUGCACGAGGGCUUUACCGCCCACGAUGAUUACUGCCGAGUCUGCCGACAUUGUCCCGCCGUAUUCCAUCUCAUAUGCCUCACUCCGCCGCUCGAGGCGGUUCCCUCCAGCUCCUGGAAUUGUCCAAUCUGUCGAGCUGAACAGACUGCCUAUGGCGAACCGGCAAUUCCGAAGGCAGGUGGACAUCAUCGCACCGUCCCAAUUGGCACUGACCGCGCCGGUCGCGUAUAUUGGCACGUCGCCAACCGCAUCAUUGUGUAA